AUGUCGAGGCCUAGUACCACUGGGAGACAACCAUCUAUUUCCUCUAUCCCAAUUCAAAGUGCUGCUGGAUCCAACUAUACGGCAGUCGGGGAACCUCUACAUCGCACAGACACGUGCAAUGUUGUCAUUUUCGGAGAAACUGGAGCUGGUAAAAGUUCCUUGGUCAAUUUGAUCGCUGGGAAGGACGUGGCGGUGACAUCUUCCGAUGCUAAGGGAUGUACAAUUGCAGUCAAUGAGCACGAUAUCUCGACUCAGAAUGAGACGUUGACGGUAAAGCUUUUCGAUACACCCGGUCUUGACGAGUGCCGUCAAGGUGAAAUCCCUGAUAAAGAAGCUCGAAGAAUAUUGAAGAAGCUAGUUCAAACACUGAUGAAGCAAGGCGACAUUCAUCUCAUCAUUUACUGCGUGCGGGGUGAGAGAGUGAUUCGGACACUCCGCCGGAACUACGAGUUCAUUCACUCCCAAGUCAAAAGUAAAGUUCCAAUUGUACUCGUCGUCACAUCUUUGGAAUCCUAUGAACCAGACAUGGAAAAGUGGUGGAGGUUGAACGAGAACACCUUCUCAAAACUUGGGAUGACCUUUGCUGGCCGCGCAUGUGUCACCACGGGGAUGAUCACACAAUCUAAUGUGACGGAACGCGGCCUCAACCAGUCACACGACGCUGUCUGCAAGCUGAUCGAACAGUGUCGCCUGUCGAAUGAGCCGGUAAAUCAUACUGGACCGUCACGAGGGACAACUCACAACAUCCCUUCUGAACUGGCUGCGAGCAACAAGCAUACAAAUAUCGUCCUCUUUGGGCAGGUAGGGGCAGGCAAAAGCUCGCUUGUCAAGCUCAUGGCGGGAAUGGACGUAGCAUACACAUCCAGUGACGCGAGAUCCUGCACAUUGCACUGGCAAAAAUAUCCCAUCGAAUUCGACGGCAAGUCUUAUAACGUGUUCGAUACCGUUGGGCUCGAAGAACCACAGCUUGGAAUCCCACAGUACCUCGACGCUAUCGAGAAUGCCUAUAGACUCAUUCAGGAUUUGGAGAGACAAGGCGGGAUUGACCUACUUCUGUUCUGCAUGCGCGCAGGCAGACUCACCACUACGCUUGAAAAUAAUUACCGGCUCUUUCACGAAUUCCUCUGUGACAAGAAGGUUCCCGUCGUUGUGGUGAUCACGCACCUCGAAAACGAGGCCGGAGAAAUGGAUGACUGGUGGAAGCAAAAUGGAGACAUUUUCCGUGAACGAGAGGUCCAUGUCGUUGGUCAUGCGUGCAUCACCGCCAUCCAAGGCAAUUAUCCAGAACGGCACGCACAAUCUCGCACCACUAUCCGUAAAGUUGUUGAGGAAUUCAUGGCUGACGGACAGAAGAAAGCAUGGAUAGGAGGAGACAACACGUUCGUGUCGUUUAUGCGUAAGUUGAAGGGGCUUCUGGGGAGUGGAAAUUUGGGAAAGGAUAUGGUGUCUCGCCUCAGACGUUGCGGUAUGUCUCCAGAUGUCGCAAAACAGGUAGCUGAUAGGAUAAAGAACGGUAUUAUAGAAGGAGCUACUUGA